GCUUGGGGGCUGGGGGGUGUAGCCUGGAUAUUCUGAAUACAGCAGCAGCUUCAGAGAGGAGCAUCAGACCGAGCAUCCUCGUGAAUUUCCUUUCUCUGUUUCAGCCAGCCUGUCCUCGCAGAGCGGAGCUAGUGAGGUCUGUAAUAUAAACACAGAGAGAGAAAGAGAGGAAAGAGGCGGUAUCUAUCCUUCGCUCAUGUGUUUAAUCGGCUUCCUCUCAGCUCCUCCUGCUCCUCCUGCUGCUGCUGACACGCUGAGCCGCGGGCAGGCCCUCGCCCUCCCUCAGUCCAGAUAAAUUAGCAGCAGUUCCGAGGAGCAAAGAGGAGAAAUCAGUGCUGCUCUCCGUCUCCACGCUGUUGUGCAGUGAUUUCCUCCUCCACAGAGCUGAAGAACGACGUGGACAGCAGAACAGAGCAGAGCAGAGAUGCUGGGCAAUGGAAAGAAGUACUGUCUCGCUGAGAAGAAGAGUGGUGCUGCUGUAUCCCAACCCAAGACUGAUGACCCUCUCAGAAAUUUAGGUGUGCAGGAUGAUGAGGAUGUGAAGACGAUGCUGAGUGGCUCCUCCAUGCUAAAGAUUCGUUCUCCUCGCUGGCAGAGGAAACGGAUGCUCCAGCUGCAGGAUGAUGGCGUCACUGUGCGAUAUGAGUCCAACAAGAGCUUCAGCAAGCCCAAAACCUUCUCUGUGAUGGAAGUGGAGUGUGUGCGUGAAGGUUGUCAGUCAGAGACUCUCCGGAGACUAGCUGGAUCUCUUCCAGAGGAACAGUGUUUGACCAUCGUGUUUAAGAGUGGACGGAAGAGUUUGGAUCUGCAGUGCCACGACAGAGAGGAGGCGCAGCACUGGUCCCGUGGCAUCCGCACCCUGCAGGAGAGAGUGAACAACAUGAGCCAGACUGAGAAGCUCGAUCACUGGAUCCAUGCAUACCUGAGGCAGGCUGACGUGAACCAUGAUGGAAACAUGACGUAUGAUGAAGUGCAAACUCUGCUUCAGAUGAUCAACAUAGACCUCAGUGAGCAGUACGCCUACAACCUGUUCAAGAAGUGUGACAAGUCAGCGAACAGUCGUCUGGAGUACGAUGAGAUUGAGCUGUUUUGCCGUGAGCUGAUGCGGCGCCCAGAGCUGGAUAAUGUGUUCCGUCAGUACUCCUCUAAUGGACGUGUUCUGUCUACUGUGGACCUGCGGGAAUUCCUGAAAGACCAGGGAGAGGACAACACACUUGUGCAUGCACAGAGCCUUAUUCUUACGUAUGAGCUCAAUGAGUGGGCUAAGAAGAACCAGCUGAUGACAGCUAAUGGUUUCACCAUGUACAUGCUGUCUAAGGAGAAUGACGUGUUUGAUCCAGAGCAGGGUAAAAUCUAUCAGGACAUGAGCCGACCACUCAGCCACUACUUCAUCUCCUCUUCACACAACACCUACCUUACUAAAGACCAGCUUGUAGGCGAGAGCAGCACUGAACCAUACAUCCGGGCGCUUAGCCACGGCUGUCGCUGUGUUGAGCUGGACUGCUGGGACGGAGAUAAGGAGCCGGUGAUUUACCACGGUCACACCCUCACCACUAAAGUGCUUUUCAGUGAGGUGGUGGAGGCAAUCGCUGAGUAUGCCUUUAAGGCCUCUCCAUUUCCUCUCAUUCUGUCUCUGGAGAAUCACUGUUCAGUGGAGCAGCAGGCCAUCAUGGCCCAGCAGCUGCGCUCCAUCCUGGGAGACAAACUGCUCACAGAGCCCCUUAAGCACCAGCCUUGUGACAGCCUACCUUCACCUGAGGAGCUGAAGGGGAAGAUUUUGGUGAAGGGAAAGAAGGAGCGAGUGGAGCAGGAAAGCUCCAGCUCAUCUGAGUCCAGCUCCUCGGAGGAUGAGUCUAAAGCUGAGGGCAAGACCAAAGCAAAGAAGGAACGCGUAAAGAAGUGUACGUGUGCUUCUCCUCCGAAGGUGUCCAGGCUGAGUCCGGAGCUUUCUGAUCUGGUGGUGUACACUCGCAGCGUUCCCUUUAAGGGCUUCGAUCAGGCAGCGCAGAAACCCACCAAUGAGAUGUCGUCUUUCUCUGAGAGCGAUGCCCUCAAACACAUCAAAAACUCAGGGAAGUUUUUUGUGCGGCAUAACAGCAGACAGCUAAGCAGGAUCUACCCAUCUGGUCAGCGCCUCCAGUCAUCCAACUAUGACCCUCAGGACAUGUGGAAUGCUGGUUGUCAGAUUGUGGCUCUGAACUUCCAGACUGACGGGGAGCAGAUGGAUCUAAACAGGGGACGUUUCUUACCGAACGGUCGCUGUGGAUAUGUCCUGAAGCCCAGCUUCCUGUGCCAACCUGACACAGAGUUUAACCCAGAAAACACAGGAGGAGGACCAGGACAUAACCCCACUCUCCUCACCAUUCAGGUCAUCUCAGCCCAGCAGCUGCCUAAACCAGACACUGAGAAACUCAACUCCAUCGUGGAUCCUAUGGUGUGGGUGGAGACGCACGGGGCUCCCAUUGACAACAACAAGAAAAAGACACACCGCAUUGACAACAAUGGAUUUAACCCUAGAUGGAACUGUACUUUUAAGUUUCUGUUGCAUGUUCCUGAGCUGGUGCUGGUGCGAUUCGUGGUGGAGGAUCAUGACUACACUGCCAGAAAUGAAUUCUUGGGACAGUUUACUUUGCCUUUCAGCAGCAUGCGCACAGGUUACAGACAUGUGCGGCUGCUGAGGGCCGACGGUUCCAGCCUCUCUCCUGCCAGCCUCUUCAUUCAUGUGAAGAUUACACCUAAUUACGGUAGCCCCAAGCACGCUGCAUCGCCCAAAGCCUAGAAGAACCCAGGAAGUCCAGUCAUGGUGCUCCUGAAAAUUCUGAUGAAAGUUCUGAUGUGUAAUGUGCAGGUCACUGUUCGUUCUUUGAAUGAACGCUCAGUGAAGUUACUCAGUGAUAGACCAAAUAGAACAAGCUUGGGAGAAUGUUCACAACAGAAAACAGGUCAUCAGGUCUGGAUGAAUAAAGCCAAAGGCUUAUUUCAGGUACUAGCAUGCAUCAAGGGUGUUGAAUGCAUGAAUAAAAGGGAUUUAAAAUAGGUCAAAGUAUUUAUGAUACAGUUAUGUAAUAUAUCUUUAGAAAUGCUGAAGCAAUAGAGUAGAUCUUCUAGGUAUUUUUUUUCUUAUAAUGUAGCAAAUAUUUUAAAUGUAGCUUAUACUAACUGUCUUACUAUCAUUUUUUAGGCUUAUUCUUCUUGCUAUGCAGCUGAAAGACUAUAAAGGAUAUGUGACUCUAAAAGAAUUCAGCCAAAACACAUUUAUGUACUUUUCCCAGAAGUGUAGUCUGCCAGCCAAGAUGAUGCACUGGAGCUAAGAGGCUAAUGCAGCUAACAUGUAAUGGAAGCUUAUAAAAGCCUGGCUAGCAUUAUAUGAACUGCAUGCAGUCUGUACUGCAUGCUGUGCUGAGAGGGACAUUUGUACAGACACUAUUACUAUUACUAUAUAAACACUAAUAUAACUUUAUCUAUGCAAUAUAAAGCUUUACUGAUGUAAGAAGGGACUUUGUGUACAUUAGAUUGUUUUGCCAAACUAUUAUUUGAAACAAUGAUGUGCUUUAACUGAACAGUACAUUUAUGCAGCCUUUAUAACAGUGAGGCAUGCCUAGAACCUAGUUUUAGCUGGGAGUUUUCAGGACUGUGUUUUUGUGUAUGUUCAGCCUUUGCCCUUAUUUUUUCACAGGGAGAGACAAAUACCUUUAAAAAACAAAAAGAUUGCUGACUAAGAAGCAAUCUAAGACAAUCUGCUUCACCUUUAGCAAACAUGACUUAAAAGUGCAAGUGUAAGUAAGUAGUCAGUGGAUGUUUAAAAAAAGUACUGUAUAAAUGUACAGACAAUAGCAUUUUCAAGCCAAAUGUAAAUCAGGCUACAGCUCAAACUAAUGAACCUGAGCUGUUUAUUAUUAGUGUACAGAGAAAGCCUGCUGGGUAACUGCAAAUCAGUAACAUUACCCUACCAAGGAAAAUGUGAUAAAGAGAAAGAGGUGUGGGAGUGUAGCAGGAAGAGUAAUGGGUUGCUUAGUACUUUAUCAGGUUUUAUUUUCUUAUUUCUGUCUGUUUAUCUGAUAUACAGAUGUUAAGGCAUUGCUGGCCAGAGAGUUCAUUUCCAUUGUUAUUUUAGCAAUGUAAGCAACCUCAGCACUGUGCAAAAAUGAGAAGAGGAUUUCUGUUGUUUAUAAAGCAUAUUAGCCUUUUUUUUUGCAAAACCAAGCUACAACUAUUACACAGAACUAUUCUACAGCUCUUUAAAAAAUUAGGAGACCACUUCAAUUUCUGAAUCAGUUUCUCUGAUUUUGCUGUUUAUACUUAUAUUAUUGAGUAAAAUAAACAUUGUUGUUUUAAUCUAUAACCUACAGACAACAUUCCUCCCAAAUUCCAAAUAUUGUCAUUUAGAGCAUUUAUUUGCAAAAAAUGAGAAAUGGCUGAAAUAACAAAAAAAGAUGCGGAGCUUUCAGACCUCAAAUAAUGCAAAGAAAACAAGUUUGUAUUCAUAAAGUUUUAAGAGUUCAGAAAUCAAUAUUUGGUGGAAUAACCUUGGUGUUUAAUCACAAUUUUUAUGUAUCUUGGCAUGUUCUACUCCACCAGUCUUACACACUGCUUUUGGAUAACUUUAUUCCACUCCUGGUGCAAAAAAUCAAGCAGUUUAGUUUGGUUUGAUGUCUUGUGAUCAUCCGUCUUCCUCUUGAUUAUAUUCCAGAGAUUUUCAAUUUGGUAAAACCAAAGAAAGUCAUCAUUUUUAACUGUUCUCUUAUUUUAUAGCUUUAUAUGUAUAUACAUCAACUGCUAUUUACAGUAAUGUACAAAAUGUGAUUAUUUUUUAAGUUAUUUUUAACUGUGAUAUGCCUUAAUGCCUCAAAUACCAUGUAGCAGGUUGGAUACUAGCCAUAAAAUACUAGUCUGUGUAAAGUAUGGGUAGGUGAUAUAAAAAAUGUAUAUUACAAUUUAUAAAGACAUUUUCUCAAUACACACUAUUAUUGCGAUACUCAUGAUCAUAGACAAAUAGCUGCAGAUUCUUAACCCUUGUGUGGUGUUUGGGUCUGUGGGACCCAUUUUCAUUUUUCGUCAAAUGAUACUAAAAAAAGAUUUUUUCUAACUCAAACUCAUUGGCAUUGGCUCAUUUUUUGUGAAAAACACAUAUAUCAAAACACAUUUUCGAUAAUCACACACUGUACCCCCCCUACACAUUUAUAUUACAUACAGUAUGUUUGGCCAAGGGCUAAUAAACAUUGCUUCAUUUGUAAAUUUGAAACUAAACACAUUUUCUACUCAUAUCUUGAGUUUAAUUCAUUUUCUUUUACAUUUUAUUAAAAAACUAAUAAAAAAAAGAGUAGCACUUUUUGAAAGAUAUGUAACAUAAGAAAGGUAAAGGGCAAAUAUUAACCAUGUAAGCUGUUUAUAUUGCUUGCAAUUUAGGUGAAGCAAGCAUGUGUAAAGCAUUUUAAUGUAAAAUUGCUUAAUUUUGCUGAAUUAAAUACAAGUAACAAAGUAAACGAGUAACAAAAUUAUGAACACCACACAAGGGUUAAAAGCUACUAUUUUAAAAAGUGGUUUAUAUUCUAAAUUUGCUGCACUUCAUCCUGAUAAACAAGACUAUUUAUUAAAUAGAAUUCUUUAAACACUGAUAAUAAUCACAAAAUGCUCAGGAGAAUGCAUCGUGCUUCACAAAAUCUCACAGUACAAUAAAAUAUGGUCAAGUUGCCCAUCCCUAGUGGUAAUUUUAUUUAAAAGUAUUUUGGUCAAACUGUGAAAAUAUAUUAAGAUUAUUUUAAAUACAAUUUUCCAAAACAUUUUUUUCAUUUUAGAGAAAAUAAUAAACUAAUAGAUUAUUAACACUUAGCAGGUUUUUCACUUAACAUUACAGUUGCUAUUUAUUGAAUAUGCUUUACAAAUUUCAGAAAGCUCUGAAGUUUCAUUUUAAUGCUUACUGGUCAUGCUGACUUACAAACACAGUCAUGUUUACACUCACCAGUAUUUCCCUAACAGCUGCAUAAAACUCUAUAGGUAGUACUCACUUACUGUUAGUCUGUGUUGUAGACGAUCUCUCAUUUUCUCAUUUAAUAUUUCCUUUACUUUUUAUGAUACACUCAUUUUAUACCUAUAACAAACUAGUGUCAUUCAUCACAGAUGCUAUGAAAAGUAAAAAAAUUCUUUGGCACUUUAGAGGUAUUCAGAUCAUACUGUGUGUUGUAUUUGCCAAUAUCCUGCUAUGUUGUAAUAUGUCUGUCAUGUGUGUUGGUCUUAAAGAGCAAUUCUGGCAUCUUUUUGCAAAAAAAAAAAAACAAUAA